AGCAGGCAUAUUUUUACUCCUCGGUGACACUAUAUAAAGGAACAAUUGGCAUUGUGUAUGCUGGCUGGCUAGUUGGCACAGAAGGGGCAGAAGGAACAGCAACACCAUGUCUCCAAAAAAGGCAAAGAAGAAGACAGAAGGAGGUGGUUCCAAUGUAUUCUCCAUGUUCGAUCAAACCCAGAUUCAGGAGUUUAAAGAGGCUUUUACCAUCAUGGAUCAGAAUAGAGAUGGCUUCAUUGACAAAGCAGACCUGAGAGAUACAUUUGCUGCAUUGGGUCGCUUGAAUGUCAAGAAUGAAGAGCUAGAAGCCAUGGUGCAGGAAGCUCCAGGUGCCAUUAACUUCACUAUUUUCCUGACUAUGUUUGGUGAAAAACUGAAAGGCACGGACCCAGAAGAGACCAUUCUGAAUGCUUUUAAGAUUUUCGACCCAGAAGGAAAAGGCCACAUAAAGGCAGACUACAUCAAAGAAAUGCUUAUGACACAGGCAGACCGAUUCAGUCAAGAAGAGGUCAGCCAGAUGUUUGCUGCUUUCCCUCCAGAUGUCUCCGGUAAUCUUGACUAUAAGAACCUUUGUUAUGUUAUCACCCAUGGUGAGGAGAAGGACUAAGAGGAGAUGAGCUUCUCCUCUGAAGAGAUUUUAUGCUUAGUUAUUUCCCUGUGCUUUUGUAUGGGGGACAGAGAGCUAAGCAUUCAACAUGCUGAAGCCAUAUGGUCAUCAGAACAGAACCAAUAAAACAAUUGAAAUUAGAUUAAA